AUGAGUCAAAGCAACAUCCGGGUCGCAAUAGUUGGAGGCGGUCCCGCUGGCCUCACACUGGCACGCCUCCUUCAACUCAACAACCUCCAUUGCUCUGUUUUCGAGCUUGACACCGAUUCUCUAGGACGAGACCAAGGCGGAACAGUCGACUUACACCCACGAGGAGGACAGCUCGCCCUGGAGCAUGCAGGUCUGACGGAAGAAUUCAAGAAGCUCUCUCGUCCAGAAGGUGAAGCACUGAAGUUGCUCAAGUACGAUGGCACCGUCCUAUACGACGAGAAUAUGAUCGGCACCAAUCGACCCGAGGAAUACGCCAAUCGCCCAGAAAUCGAUCGAACAAAGUUGCGGCAGUUGCUUCUCAACUCACUGAAGCCGGGGACCGUGGUGUGGAAUAGAAAGCUGCAAUCUGUACAGAUGUCGUCUUUGCAGGCCGGAAAAUAUGACCUCAUUUUCCAAGACAGCAGGGAGAAAGGAUUCGACCUCGUCGUUGGCGCUGACGGUGCUUGGUCCAAAGUCCGCUCAUUUCUCACAGACCAGCAACCAUAUUACUCGGGCGUUACCGCCAUUGAGCUGUGGGCGGAGGAUAUCGAUACAAGACACCAAUGGUUGAGCAACUUCGUGGGUGCAGGAAACUGCUUCAUGUUCGAUGAGGGCCGGGCAAUUCAAUGCCAGAAACUGGGAAACAACAGCAUUCGAGUUUACGCCGGAGUGCGGCAGCCUGAAGAAUGGCUUGAGAAAUGCGGCAUCGAUUGGUCUUCGCCGGUAACGGCAAGGCAAAAGCUCGUUGAACAGUAUUAUGCCGACUGCGGCGACGAGCUGAAGCAAGCCAUCUUGGACGCUAACGAUAAGCUCAUUCCUCGCCGGAUGUGGAUGCUGCCCGUCGGCUUUCGAUGGAGGUGCGACGGAGGAGUGACAUUACUAGGAGACGCAGCUCAUGUGAUGACCCCUUUUGCUGGCGUUGGGGUCAACCUUGCCAUGGUUGAUUCAUUGGACCUUGCAAAUGCUAUCGUCGGCUGCGGCGGAGACAGGGAAAAGUUGUCAGAUGCUAUCCAAGCAUAUGAGGGUGAGAUGCUAAGCCGGGCAGAGCAAUUCGCGAAGAAGACCUACAAGGGUCUGAUAAAUCAUUUCAGCGCUGAUGGGGCUCAGGAAAUGGCCAUGCGUAUGAGAAGAGGAUAG